AUGUUGAUCGACACGGGCUCGGAGAUCACAUUCAUCACUGCUUCUCUCGUGCAGCAACUCAAGCUUCACCGGGAAGCAUCGGUAAUACCGAUCAUCGGGAUCGGCGGGACGCAUUCGGGCCACACGCGCGGGGUGGUUAGCGUAAAGCUUCGGUCUAUGCACUCAUCGGACAUUGUCUCAAUAAAAGCUCACAUUUUGUCAAAGUUAAUGCCUACUCUCCCUUCAUUUACACCUCCUAACAUCUCACUUUCUCAUCUGCAAGGUCUUCCACUUGCAGACCCGGAAUUUCUCUCACCAGAGUCCAUCGAUUUAAUUCUCGGAGCUGACAUCUAUGGGCAACUCAUUCGGGAGCAGAUCAAGCGGGGGCCUCAGGGCACACCGAUUGCACAGAAUACGGUUUUCGGGUGGAUCGUUCUCGGUCCUAUGGACCCUUCUAAACAGUCAGCCGGGUUGGUUCAUCACGCUGCAGUGGAUCACGGGUAUCAGGAGCUUCAGGAUCUCCUCACACAGUUUUGGGUACAGGAAGAAGUCUCGGGCUCGGGCGAAUCGCACCUCACUCCUGACGAGCAGGAAUGUGAGACUCAUUUCUUGACGACACACAAACGGGACUCAGACGGGCGGUACGUCGUCAGAUUGCCGGUUAAAACCGCAUCGGGGACAUUGGGCGGGUCUUUUCACACAGCUUCUUCUUGUCUCCAUCGACUACAAUGCAAACUCAAUCGGGAUUCAAGCUACAGGGGCCUCUACGACACGUUUCUCGGGGAAUACGAAUCAUUGGGGCACAUGACUCGAGUCUCGGAUUCGGGAAUUUCGCUUAACGACAUUCUGCACACGGGCGCGAAACUGCAGCGAGAUAUUUCGGACGUUCUCUUGUGGGUCAGACGACACCGUUUCGUCUUCGCGACCGACAUCGUUAAGAUGUUCCGGCAAAUUCGGGUUCACGAAACACCAUUUCUCGCGGGACGGGCCCUGGAUCCACUGGUUACAGACGAGGGCGGGAAAUAUCCCGAAGCUGUCGCCCCUCUUACAAAGGGGCGAUAUGUGGACGAUAUUUACGGCGGUGCUGACCAGCUCGCAGAUCUCAUCACGCAAGUGGAGCAACUCAUCGGGAUUUGUACAGCGGGCUGCUUUCCUCUGGCCAAGUGGCAGAGCAAUCAUCCGGAGCUUCUCACGGCAGUCGGGGCGACCUCAUCAACGGAAAACGCUCGGGUAUUUGAAGAAUGGGAGACAAAAGUCCUUGGUCUCGCAUGGCUUCCUCACACGGACGUGUUCAAAUUCACGGUUCACAAGUACACAGCCGGGGACGGAAUCACGAAACGCAUCAUUCUCUCGGAGAUCGCACAAUUAUACGAUCCAUUGGGUUUUCUCUCACCGGUAACGAUUCGAGCCAAAGUUCUCUUACAAAGGCUUUGGUUAGAAAAGUUAAAUUGGGACGACCUCGUGUCAACGGAAGUUCGCAACUCCUGGGUCGCGUUUCGGCAGGAACUAUCGCAUAUCGGGACGGUUUCGGUACCACGGUGGCUCAACAUCGCGACGGGUACAUCGGUCGAACUACACGGGUUUUCGGAUGCAUCUCAACUAGCAAUGGGCGCAGCUGUGUACGUUCGGGUUUCGGGCGCGGGUAAUCAAACAACGGUCUCACUGGUCUGCGCUAAGACUAAGGUCGCACCGAUCAAACGGCUCACAAUUCCUCGGUUGGAGCUCGCAGCAGCGGUGCUGCUUGCUAAACUCACACACCACGUGCAAAACGUGCUGGGCCUUGAUGACUCACGGGUAUACCUAUGGACGGCCUCAAUGGUAACGCUCACUUGGGUCACUUCUCAUCCUUCACGGUGGAAGGAUUUUGUUCGGAAUCGGGUAUCACUGGCACAGGAGCUCGUGCCACGGGCCCAAUGGAGAUUCACACCGGGUCGGGACAAUCCAGCGGAUUGCGCAUCACGGGGGCUAACCAUCUCACAACUCGCGCGACAUUCAUCAUGGUGGGACGGGCCUCACUGGUUAGCAAAAGACUCAUUCCAUUGGCCAACUCAUCGCAUCGGGACGGGGGACGCAGCGGCGGUCGAAGAGCGGCCAGGUCUUACACUCUCACUCGCAACAUCACCCUCACCGGUCUACGAUCUCAUCUUGAAAUACUCAUCUCUCACACGGUUGUUGCGAAUCACCUCAUGGCUCUUCAAGGUGAUUACAAACCUGAAAAGAGCGGGCGACGGUACAUCGGGUUCAGCCAACAUCACACCGGGAGACCUGGAGAACUCACGGCUUUAUUGGGUGAAAGCCAUUCAGGGAGCAUACUUCACUUCAGAGCUUAAAACACUCACAUCGGGCUACACUCUCCCGAAAUCGCAUCCGAUCACGCGAUUAACGGGCUUCAUAGAUCAUCAAGGCAUUCUCAGGGUGGGAGGACGGCUGAAGCACUCAGCCUUACAACCUGAUUGCAAGCACUCAGUCAUUCUCCCUCGGGACUCACCACUUACGGCACUUCUCAUCGCUGAUGCCCACGAGCGCACUCUCCACGGCGGGACUCAACUCACUUUGGCUUAUCUACGGCAGAGCUGCUGGAUCAUCGGCGGGCGUGGGCCAGUACGCUCAUACAUUUUGCGUUGCGUGCGGUGCGCGCGCUUCCGGGCGCUCAAGGCACAGCAACUAAUGGGUCAGUUGCCAAUCUCACGGGUUACGCCGGCAAGGCCGUUUCUCUUCUCGGGGGUCGACUACGCGGGGCCAGUUUCACUCAAAAGCUGGCGCGGGCGUGGGAGCAAAUGUCACAAAGGCUGGUUGUGCAUUUUCGUUUGUUUCGCUACCUCCGCUAUGCACCUUGAAGUUGUUACAGAUUUAACCACGGACGGGUUCCUCGCAGCACUCAGACGGUUCACGGGCAGACGCGGGAUUCCGCACACGAUCCAAAGUGAUUGCGGAACCAACUUUCAGGGUGCAGCAGCGGAGCUACGACAAUUAUUCAAAACGGGUACACGGGAAUCCGAACUCAUUCAGCACACUGGGGCAACUGACGGGAUUAAAUGGGUGUUCAACCCACCGGGGGCACCUCAUAUAGGCGGAAAAUGGGAGGCCGCAGUAAAAUCGGUCAAGUAUCAUCUCCGGCGGACGAUUGGGGAUGCCAGUCUCACGUUUGAAGAAUUAACGACUCUUCUCACACAAAUUGAGGGCAUACUCAACUCGCGGCCGUUGGAGCCUCUGUCGGAUGACCCGGAUGAUCAUUCGGUUCUAACCCCUGGGCAUUUUCUCAUCGGGGACACACUCACCUCUAUUCCUGAGCCCUCAUUACGGGAUGUGUCUCAAGGUCGCCUCACACGGUGGCAAUGGCUCCAGGAACGGGUUCAAUACUACUGGGAGCACUGGUCAUCGGGAUACCUGCAACGGCAGCAGGCUAUAUCAAAAUGGCAUCAUCCGAGUCACGACAUCCGGGUCGGGUCUAUGGUUCUACUCAUGAACGAAAACACGUCACCCACAAAGUGGCCACGGGCACGGGUCACACAACUAUAUACGGGAAAGGACGGGCUCACACGGGUGGUUACUCUCAAAACGGCGACGACCACACUCACACGGCCUAUCACCAAACUGGCACUCUUGCCAGUGCCUCAACCGGGAUCAAUCGACAGCACUGCUGCCGAUGGCGGGCGGAAUGUUCAGGAUUGA